ACCAGAGCAACAGAGAAUCAUCAUCAUGAACAUGAAAACUUGCUUUGCAUUUUUAGUCUGUGCAAUGGGUAUUGCCGUGAUGAACGCCACAACGGAUGUUCCAAUACCUCAGCAAACCAAAUUGGAUUUGUCAAUUUAUUACAGUGCUCGCUCUACAGAGAGUAUAAAAUUCAUUUUAACAAAACUUAAGCCACUCUACUGCAAAAUACAAAAAUAUGUGAACUUGAAUUUGGUGCCUUUUGGUAAAGGUUAUAGCACAAAUAUGGGAUUCUUUUGUCAGAAUGGACGUAUUGAAUGCCUUGCAAACACAGUACAUAACUGUGUGUUAAGCAAAUUGUCUGGAAAUACUACAGCUUAUAUGGAGUACUUGAGUUGUGCAUUGGAACAUGUGGAUAAUACAAUACAUGUUGAAGAAAUGUGUGCUGGUCGCAUUGGACUUAUCAUAGAUGAAAUUAAAUCAUGUGUUACUAGCCGAGAGGGCUAUUUGUUAAUGCUGGAAGCUGAAAUAGGAACUAAAGAUCAAACACAUGGACCUCGUUUUGUACCUUCUUUCGUAUUUGAUGAAUUUUAUAACGACCGGGAUCAAAGACUCGCAAGCACAGACUUUGAAGCAACUCUUUGUGGAAAAUUAAUUGACAAACAUGGGUUUACAAAUGUUUGCAAUAACAUUAAUAAUGUUUUGAGAAUGAAUGAAGUUUGUUAAAAAACUUAAGAGCUAUGCAGGU